AUGGAUAUUCCUAUCAACCAAUCUUGCGACUUUUCACCCAUUUCAUACGUUACUCUAUCUAUCUGUCUAUCUAUCUAUCUAUCUAUCUAUCUAUCUAUCUAUCUAUAUGCCAUUAUAUUCAUUACUAUAUCAGUCAGUCUAUCUAUCCAAUUGAUUGUUAUCUCAGAAUCCAAAUCUAUUCUGAUCUAUCUAUCUAUCUAUCUAUCUAUCUAUCUAUCUAUCUAUCUAUCUAUCUAUCUAUCUAUCCGAAUUUAUCCAUAUCUAUUUAUCUCUUACACUAUUCUCUAUCUAUCUAUCUAUCUAUCUAUCUAUCUAUCUAUCUAUCUAUCUAUCUAUCACAGUAUGUUCAUAUCUAUCUAUCACAGUAUGUUCAUAUCUAUCUAUCUAUCUAUAAAAAGAAUACCCGCUCGGCCCGGCCUUGUGCCACAUUCAAUUCCUGUGGGUGAAUUGAUAAAUACUAUCUAUCUAUCUAUCUAUCUAUCUAUCUAUCAUAUUCAUAACUAUAUCAGUCAAUCUAUCUGUCUGUUCUUAUCUAUUUAUCUCUUUCACUAUCCAUAUCUAUAUAUCCCAGUCGAUUGUUAUCUCAGUAUCCAAAUCUAUCUAUCUAUCUAUCUAUCUAUCUAUCUAUCUAUCUAUCUAUCUAUCUAUCUCCGUCAGUUUACUCUUCGUAUUUAA